AUGGCUACUAUCCCCGCUGACGGAACAUGGUUUGAUACCAUCAAGAAGUCCUUCGCUGAUGUCCCUAUCGGUGCGGAGGACGGCAUCUCGACCACCGAGUUCCUCGAGGCUGCUGAAUCUCUGGUGACUCUCUUUGACGUCCUCGGUUCCGCCGCUUUCACCCCGGUCAAGAAUGACUUGCUCGGCAACAUCAAGAAAGUCCGUCAGCGUCAGCAGGCAGCUCCUGGGGAGUCUGAGACCCUGCAAGCCCUUGUCCUGAACGAAUUGAAGACCGGCAAGCACGUUGCCACUGAAGGUCUGGUCUGGCUGGUCCGAGGCCUUGACUUCACCGUCCAAGCCCUCCGUCACAACAUCGACAACCCCUCCUCGGAACUGUCCGACUCCUUCCGUGGUGCCUACGGCAACACCCUCAAGCCCCAUCACUCCUUCCUCAUCAAGCCCAUCUUCAGCGCUGCCAUGUCUGCCACCCCAUACCGCAAGGAUUUCUAUGCGAAGUUGGGCCAGGAUCAGGCCAAGGUUGCCGCCGAGCUGGCUAAGGAGGUCGCUGCUUUGGAGAAAGUGAUCGCAAUCCUGAAGGCUUUCCAAGCUACCAAGGCUGCUCAAUGGUAG